CAAAUAGAAAUUUUCAACUACUUGUAUUAUUAUUAUUUAUUUUAUCAUCGUUUGGAAAAAACGCGUUUGAAUUAUUGAAGUCAAAUACUUUGCAGAUAUAUAAAAUCAACCAUUGGUUUGCAUAAUCAAUCCAUCAUCCUCAAAAUGACGACUCAUGGUAUUCAUGGCAAUCUUCUUGAAGUCACUGUUGUUAGCUGUAACAAACUGAAAGAUACGGAAUGGAUUUCUAGGCAAGAUCCUUACGUUUGUGUUGAAUACGGUAGCAACAGAUCUCGCACACGUACCUGUACAGAUGGAGGCAAGAACCCUACGUUCCAAGAGAAAUUCGUAUAUACACUAAUUGAAGGACUAAGAGAGUUGAAUGUUAAUGUUUGGAACAGCAAUACACUCAAACAUGAUAACUUUAUUGGCAGCGGAAAGGUUCAAUUGGCAAAGGCUAUUUCGCAGGGAUUUGACGAUAGCACUUGGCCAUUGCAGAGCAAAUCUGGCAGGCAUUCUGGAGAGGUCCGUAUGAUCAUACAUUAUUCCAGUGCCCAUAAACCAGCAAACAAUCAUGCUCAAUCAGCUCAACCUUUUGGUACACCCCAGGCAUCAUUGUACUCGGCGCCACCACCAUCAGUAUCGUAUCCUCCACCAGCUUCUGCUGCUCCAUAUCCACCAGCCGGAGGUUAUCCUGCACCAUCUCCCUACCCCUCCUACCCACCUAAUUCAGCUGCUUAUCCACCAUCUCCAUACCCAAAUUCAGGUGCUUAUCCAUCAUCAUCGUCUCCAUACCCACCUCAGGCAUCUCCUUAUCCACAGCCAUAUCCACCCAAUUCAGCUUAUCCUCCUCAACCAUAUGGAUCUCAUUACCCCCCUGGUACUCCAUACCCACCAGCAUAUCCUCCACGGUAUUGAGGUAGAUUUCCUACCCCCAUCGAACAAAAGAUGCAAUGAAACAAUGUGUAUAACCUGUGCUUCUUGUGGUCGAAACUGUAAAUUUUGUUAUAGUGGUUUGAUCAUGGUAGGUCCUUGAGAUUUGCUAGUUGUGGCACCGAAUCCCCCUAUUCCUUUUCGUAUUAUUUGUAGAAUUUGAGGAUCCUAUUACGUUAUGAUGCCGUUUUCUAACUCAGAGGGAGGGGGUGACUUUGUUGAUAUCGUCCGUGGAUUGAACAAAGUAGUGGUCCCUAUGUAAUUAAUCUUCAGCAGGCAGUGUUUAUGCAUUCAUAUUUGCUGUGAAAAUGCUACCGCAGAUGUCCUCUUUUUCAUCGAUGUACUGUAAUAAAUGAAUAUGUUAUAUUCUUUCAUUGGUUGUUUAAAUAAAAUUUUGCUUGUAAAACAAAUUUAAACCAUUCGAUUAA